UCAUAAAUAAUUUCAUGUCGUCUGCUUAAAUCGAAACGUUAAUGUGCUUAAAUAUAAAGGAUACAUCAUUGACGUAAAGUAUGAAAAGUAAUGGACCUAAAUGAGAGCCGGAGGUUACAUUGAUGAGCCUAGAUAUGAAGCCUUCAAAUUUAACACACUGUGUGCGAUUUGUCAAAUAUGAUUCAAGCCAUGCAAAUUCCCCCUAAUGAUCGAUACGGCGUUGAUAUAACACCGCUAAGUUAUAUACCUGGUGGGAAAAUCGAAAAAUACCUCGGAAAUCUGAAUUUCUUUUUCAUAAGAGAGAGUACAGCUGUGAAAGAAAAUGGAGGUAUCAGCGGAUUUGUGCACAGCUUCAUCACAGAGGUGCUGUCGGUGAUCAGGGCCCACGUUACAGCUCUCGGUGGAAACGCCAUGACUGCUUUCUACAUGACUGAACUGAUACUCGUUGACAAUCUUCACAAAAAUCAGGGUCAAUGUUUAAUGAGCGCCGGAGGAGAUGUUGUUUUUGUAUCUUACUACAAGGACGACUGAUGAUGUUGAUUAUACUACGACAAUUUCUAGAGUUUUUCCUGUGAACAUAUGAAACAUAAUGGCUUAUAGGACCCUAUUAAAAAAAAACUCGUUUGAUGAUUAUGCAAUAAAAAAAAUCCGUAAUUAAAAAAUUUGUCAAAAGUAAUCGAUGGUCAGGCCAAACUAAAUCAUUCUAAAUUAUUUUAUACUCAUGACACAAUUUUCUUUCAAUUGUAAAACAACUUUCUUCUUAUAACAUAUUCAAAAAAGUCAAGAAUGUUGAAAGAGGUUUAUACAAAAGUCACUUUUAACAAAAAAAAAAAAAAAUAGAAUUUGUUAUGACCAAACAUUGUUAGCGCCAACUUAAACUAAAAGAGGAGGUUGAGCAAUUCUCUGAGAUUUCGGUAAUUCGAUUUUUUUUUGUAUUUUUCAAUCCGGCUGAAACUUUUUUGGUGCAUUUGGUAUGCCCUAAGAAGCCAUAGGGGACCACGUUUUCCACUUUUGCUCCAUCAAACCGACUACUUUAUCGACUUCAUUUAGCUGGUCGAGAUAGGAUGCCGUAUUUUCAGACGAUGACUCAGCACUUUUCCACUUUAGCUAUUAAAAAAUCCAGAUGGCAGCACGGUGUAACGCCACGUCCCUAUUUUGCAUCAUUAGUUUGUCCAUAUAAUUUUCCAUACAAAUUUGGCAGCUGUCCAUACAAAAAUAAUAUAUGAAAAUUGAAAAAUCUGGAAAAUUCUGAAAGGUUGGCAUUUGAUGUCCUCUGAAACAUACCAGGCAAUAAAAAAAAUUCAGGGCAUACCGAAUGCACCAGAAAUGUUUCAGUCGUACUAAAAAAUACAAAAAUCAAAAUUAAUUUAAAAAAAGCCCGAUUUCAUACAGAACUGCUCAGUUGUAUUCGCCUUGUGGUUCAAUAUUUUUGUUUUUUUUUCUCAGAUAUAAUAACUACAUAUUGUGCAUUUCGAUAUUUGAAUUUUAAACUUAUGUAUCCCUGCCUUUCCCUGAUUUUUUUACUGCUAAUUGAUUAGGUAGUUCACUUCCCGUUCAUUAAUUUUUCAGCUGCAUAAGAAGUCAUUGAACAAUUUAAAAAAAUAUAUCACAAAUUUACUUUAAUAAUGGUAUUAGAUGGUAUUAGAUUAGAAAUGUUUUUAAAUGUCUUCAAAACUCGAUUCACAAAUAAACAACUGUGCAAUAA